CUCUCUCUCUACCUCUCUCUCUCUCUCUCUCAUGGCGGACACAGACAGGGGAACGCUUAAGAGGCCUGGAGACGAAGCGUUGGAGGAGAAGGCGGUGAAGAGGCAGCGAGAUCUGGAGGUGGAAGGAGAUCAAAACGACGACAUUUUGACUCUGCUGUUCAACGAACCCGACGAGACGCUCGACGAGGUGAUGAAGCUUCUGGACGUGGCGGACAACGGUGCUAGUUGCACUACUGGUGCGAAGGUGAGGUUCGUCAACGACCCGUACUCGCCGUCGUCGUACUUCACCGUCAACGGCAACGAGGAGAGCUGCGGGUCGUCGUUCUCGGAGCUGGAGUCGACGUGCAUGGUGGGGGUCGACAUAUGCGGUGGCGGGCUAGGCAUUGGAGCGGAGGUUAUGGGUUUGGAGUUCGAUAGGUGGUUGAUGGAGGAGGCGAAGGAGGAGAGCGGCGGCGCGUGUGGUAUAAUCGAGGAGGCGGCGCGUGGUGGCGGAUUGGGCAUGGAGGCGGAGUGGGAUGAUGCUGCGCUGGCGAGGUUCAUCGGGGAAGACCUAUUUUGACCUCUCUCUCGCAGUCCCAGAGUCUGUGUGUUGUUUGUUGUCUCUCAACAACCUGGGGCUGGGGGGUAUAGAAAUGAAUUUUGGUGGGUUUAGGAAGAAAUGGGUGUUUUUAUGAAAGGCGGCAUGGCCAGAGGGGUAGGUGGGUUUUAUUUUCUGCUACACAGAGUAGUCUUCUGCAGGAAGCUAGCUACAGAGAUGUGAAUAGGACAUUAUUAGGAUUGUCAAUUAGCAAUUUAGGGGGUACACACAGAAAAAAAGAAAAGAAAAGGUGAAAUGUUCAUUUUGGGUAUUGCGUGUGCAUGUGGCCGUCUGGUAGUAGUAGUACGUACAGUACUGACUGCAAAAAGAAAAAAAUACAGAGUUUUAUUGAAAAAAUAUUUG